CACAAUCUUUUAAUAGAAAUUAUGACAUGGACCUAUGUGAUUUUAAUUAGAUUGCUUCUGGAUUAAAUAAUGCAACAUUUUAUUGUAAAAAAUAAUAGAAAGGAUGGUAAUGUUACUUUUAAUCCCAAUCUAAAUUUGCUAUGCAUCUAAACUACCAUCUUCAACUUGAAUAUCAGCAGUACAUAUAUCAGCAAUUAUUUUUUUUUAAAUAAAAUUUGCAGGUAAAAUUUGUAGUCUCUAGGUAAAUAGAAUAUUCCCCCUUCCCCACCCCCAGGGAAAAAUGAACACAUGAGCCAGUCCUGGCUCUGUGUACCCAUUUUUUUCUGAGAAGGGUUAAACCAGGUGUUUUGUGCAAUUUACAACAGUUGGGCAUAUUUUGGGCCAGAAGGCCUAUUUUGCCCUCAGCAGUCCACCCAGAACCCAGAAGCUCCAUUUGAACCGUUUUCAAUUAUGUUUUGGGGUACAUACAGUUUUUUCCAUUUAAGAAUUUAACGAAACAGACACUGAUAGCAAUGUUGUAGGAUAUCUAUUUAUGGUACAGUAUUAACCUAUGCUUCCGGGGCUAUCUUCUCCUAAACACAUAAUGGAGAUCUUGGAUAUAGAUUGGUGUGGCAUAGUUAAAUAUUUGAUGAUGUAUAGAUUUUUGUAUAAUGUGUUUGCUAGAUGAGAAGGCCCAGAUCAUUUUUACUUGUCAUUCUUCGCAUUCUGCCUGACUGAACCUUGUAUGAUUGGUUCACAACAAUUACAAAAAUAUUAGUAAGUAUAUGUCAACAUUUGAAAAUAAUUGUCAUUUAAACAUUCAUUAAUGUGCGCUAUAUGAUAUUGAUGUGGAUGCUACGGUAUCUUAUGUCAUGCUGAUGUAAUUCUUGUAUAGUUUUAUAGCCUUAAAGGUUACAUGUCUCAUAUUUUUAACUGCCCAAAAAAAUGUUGAUUAUUAGUUUUCUCAGAUAUCAAUUAUGCCUGCUUUCCAAGGUGAGAAAAUACUAGGGACGUAACUGGGUUAAUUUUUCUCGUGCAGAUAUACGAGCUUCAGGAUUUGAGAUUCAAGUCUGUUUUUUCAAUAAGAAUCUUACUUUUAUUACCUGUUAUUGAGACCUCAAUUUUUGGGCAAUGAUGGUAUCUAAAUCAUGCGCAAACCUUUUUGAUAUGGGAUCUGAUGAUGCAGUUGACUUCCAUCAGACUAUUAAAUCACUUCCUAGGGUGAUGACAGCUCCUGGUAUUGUUACCGAUGCAGAUGGGAUUACAGGCAGUGAUGAGGAUUCUAAAACUUCCACCUCUGUAUUCCGGGAUCGGAAAAUAAUAGUAGCAAACUUCCUUCCACUUCAUUCUUCAAAGGAUCAAAUGAACGGAAAAUGGUGCUUCAUGUGGGAUGAGGACUCACUUCUGCUGCAACUAAAAGAUGGCUUUUCUUCUGAUACCGAAGUUCUCCACGUAGGUAGUUUAAAGGUUGAUGUAGAUGUUAGUGAGCAAGAAGAGGUUGCUCAAAAGCUCCUCGAGGAUUACAAGUGCAUACCCACUUUCCUUUCUCCGGACCUCCAAAAGAAGUUCUAUCAUGGCUUCUGUAAGCAGCAACUGUGGCCUCUUUUCCAUUACAUGCUUCCCAUCUGCCUUGUCAAGGGUGACCUUUUCAACCGUUCCCUUUUUCAGGCUUAUGUUUCUGCCAAUAAAAUAUUUGCAGACAAAGUUGUGGAGGUUAUCAAUUCAGAUGAUGACUGUGUAUGGGUUCAUGACUAUCACCUCAUGCUUGUCCCCACUUUCUUAAGGAGACGUCUGAAUCGAGUGAGGCUUGGUUUCUUUCUCCACAGCCCAUUUCCUUCCUCAGAGAUCUACAGGACACUGCCAGUAAGAGAUGAAAUCCUUAGGGCAUUGCUUAACGCUGACCUUAUUGGUUUUCAGACAUUUGAUUAUGCUCGGCAUUUCCUUUCGUGUUGUAGCAGGAUGUUAGGUCUGAACUAUGAAUCUAAGCGUGGUUAUAUUGGAUUGGAAUAUUUCGGUCGUACAGUUAGCAUCAGGAUUCUCUCUGUGGGUGUUCACAUAGGCCGUCUCCAAUCUGUGUUAAAUUUUCCUGAUACAAUUUCCAAAGUUCAAGAGAUCGAGCAGAGAUUCAAGGGGAAAAAAUUGCUAUUAGGUGUAGAUGACAUGGAUAUCUUUAAAGGCAUCAGUCUGAAAUUGCUAGGAUUGGAGCUUUUACUGGAGAGGCAUCCCAAACUAAGAGGAGAGAUAGUCCUUGUACAAAUUGUCAAUCCUGCAAGAAGCAUGGGAAAAGACGUGAAGGAAGCAAGAGAGGAAGCAAUAUGUAUAGCUGAAAGGAUCAAUCUUUCCUAUGGUGCUCCUGGCUAUGAUCCAGUUGUCCUUAUUGACAACCCUUUACCUUUUUAUGAAAGAAUUGCCUUCUAUGUGGCAGCAGAAUGUUGCAUUGUAAAUGCUUUUAGAGAUGGCAUGAACUUAGUCCCCUAUGAGUAUAUAGUCUGCAGACAGGGAACUGAGGAGAUGGAUAAAUGUAGGGGUGUCGGUUUGGAGUUACCUCACACAAGCACACUUAUUGUCUCUGAGUUUGUAGGUUGCUCUCCAUCUCUUAGUGGAGCUUUCAGGGUCAACCCUUGGAGUGUUGAAGAUGUGGCUGAUGCUUUAUAUAAAGCAACUGACUUGUCAGAAUCUGAGAAGCAAUUGCGUCAUGAAAAACAUUACCGUUAUGUCAGCUCCCAUCAUGUUGCUUAUUGGGCCUGCAGCUUUGCCCAGGAUCUGGAGAGAGCAUGCAAGGAUCACUACAAUAGAAGGUGCUGGGCCAUUGGAUUUGGUUUAGGUUUCAGAGUUAUUGCCCUUUCUCCUAGUUUUAGAAAGUUGUCCUUUAAUCAUAUUAUUUCCUCGUACAAGAAAACCCAUAGGAGGGCAAUAUUUUUGGAUUAUGAUGGCACCAUUAUGCCUGAAGCAUCCAUCAAUAAAACUCCAAGUGCAGAUAUCAUUUCUGUCCUGAACAACUUGUGCAGCGAUCCAAACAAUACUGUCUUUAUCGUCAGUGGAAGGGGACGGACAUCUCUUGGUGAAUGGUUUGCACCUUGUGAGGCCCUUGGUAUUGCUGCUGAACAUGGCUAUUUCAUCAGAUGGACUAAAGCCACUGAAUGGGAAUCUAGUUCAAAUGUUGCUGACGCUUACUGGAAGAAGAUCACAGAACCUGUUAUGAGAUUGUAUACUGAGACAACGGAUGGUUCCUGUGUAGAAUCAAAGGAGAGUGCAUUGGUAUGGCAUCAUCAGUAUGCAGAUCCUGACUUUGGUUCUUGCCAAGCCAAGGAACUACUGGAUCAUCUUGAGAAUGUGCUAGCAAAUGAGCCAGUGGUUGUCAAAAGGGGUCAGCAUAUCGUGGAAGUUAAACCUCAGGGAGUGAGUAAAGGGCUGGUUGUGAAGAAGCUCGUGGGAACAUUAGUCAAUAGUGGGAAGCCACCAGAUUUUGUUAUGUGUGUUGGCGAUGAUCGAUCCGAUGAGGAUAUGUUUGAAAGCAUCAAUAUUAUGUCUUCCAGUAAUCUAUUUCCUGCAGUUCCUGAAGUCUUUGCAUGCACAGUUGGACAAAAGCCGAGCAAGGCCAAGUAUUAUCUUGAAGAUACUGGUGAAGUGAUAAGAUUACUGCAAAGCAUUGCUACUGUUUCAACUCAAAAACAUAAGAUCACCCACAAUCAAGUUUCCUUUUAAGGGCCGCAUGAAGCGAAUGAUUAAGCCUAUUUGCCCUUUGGUUACUGGUGACAACCUGUACAUCUGAUGGUUUACAGUUUCCCAUAUGCAUGUCUUAGCAUAUUCUAGUGUUUGGAGAGUUUUAUCUUUGGGGUCUUGACUCUGAUCCUUUCAGCUAUACCUGUCAUCACAUUCAUAUACGGGCAUGCUUUUCAACAGAAGAGGUAAUGACUGACUUGGAUAGGAUUGAAGGUGACGCCAUCAUUGGCAGUUUUGAAAAUAGGAUAAACCUUGGAGAUUUUUUUUUUUUGGUGAUAUUUCUAGAAGUCUGAGAGGCAGGCUGACACCAUUAUUUUGUAUAGGUAUUGGCAUAUAUAACCAAUUAGACAAGCAUUCAGGUUUGAAUGAAAUGCGUUCUAA